UCCACCUGCCGCCGCUCCGUUAGUUCAGAGGAGAAACCGUCGACUCUGGUGAAGGAUCAGGCAGAGAUGGCUGCAACCACGAUUCAGCCAAUGGGGAGCCUGCCCAGCGGACUGGGGAUCUGCACCACGGCCCCGGAUAUAUUUUACCUGCCUGAGCUGAUUUCCGGGGGUCUGGUGUGGAUCCUGGUGGCAUCGACCCACGUGGCCCCUCCGAACCCUCUGGGCUGGGUGAUGUUCGUCUCCGUCUUCUGCUUCGCCGUGACCUUCCUCUGGUUGAUCGUCUUCGCUGCCGGGGCUCACAAGAGCUGCUCAGGCUGGGCUGCUGCGGACUUUGCGUACCACGGCCUGGCAGCGUUCUUCUACCUCAGCGCAGGAGUGGACUUGGCCUUCAUCACCUUCCUGCAGGAAGUCAAAUCCACAAAUCUGGUAGAGUUUAGAAUCUACCAGACUGACAUCGCUGCUGUGGUGUUUGCCUUCUUGGCCACACUCCUCUACUUCCUGCACGCCAUCCUCUCCGCCAUCCGAUGGAAACACUUCUGAGGACAGACGCCGAUUCUCAAACCUGUGUGUGUCUACGUGGUGUGCAUGUGCGUGCGCGUGUGCGUGUGCGUGUGCGUGUGCGUGUGCGCGUGUGCGUGUGUGGACCCACAAGUGACGUCAACCUGCUCAGAUUCAAGAUGAAGGAUCUGAGCCUCAUGACUUGAGGGUGAAGAUGCAACAUGAGACACAAAGUGAACAGGAAGUAGAUGAAGAGCUGAACAUGGGAAACAUCUUUGUGUGUAAACAAACGACAUCUGAUCGAUCAUUUCAAAUCUGAAACUGGUGAAAUUUCAAUAACUUUUGUGAACCAACAACUCAGUGAAUUCUCCUUUAAUCUGACAUUAUUUAUCAAAAGAAGAAGUUUUAGUCAUUUUAAUGGACUAAAGAAUAAAGAGUAAAUAUUAUUAUUAAAACUGAGCCGUCACGGUAACACAGUAAUUAUUAGUGAGAAAAUCUCUCUUCAAAUUAUUAUCUAUGUUGAGCCUUUACAACAAAUAUUUAAUACAAAUUAAACUAAAAUGUAAUUAUUUCAAAUCCAAAUAAAUGUCACUGGAUUCAUAACAAACCAAGUUCAUUAAAGUGUUUUAUAAAUAAUUGUAUUUUAUUGGUUGUAACUUGUUGAAUUUAUGUAUUUUUAAGAAACACACAAAACCCAACAUCAAAGUGAAAGAUAAUGUUGUUUACACAAUAUGCAAAUGUUUGAGAAUCUUCAGUAAUGAAGCUCAGAAUAAAAAAUAAAGAUGAAUAACAUAUUAUUGAGUUAAAGGAACAGUUCAAAGUUUUAGAUACAUCGAGAAAUUCAUCAGUACUUCAAAGCAGCUGAGAAAUGAUUGUUGUGAUUAAGAUGAAUUUGAUAUGAUAUGAAUUGUGUUAGAAACAUUUCUGUUCAUCACUUGAAUCCAUCGGAGAAUCUUCCUGUUCACUCACAGUAUCACUGACAGAACUUUGUCUGAAUAUGUUUCUCUUCUGUCGCCAAUUUCUUUCACUUUUCAGCUCAAGGAUUUCUUCAAGAUUUCUGGUUGAAAUAAGGUUUUGUAUUCUGAAGAUUAAAACGAGACACAGACGUAA